AUGAAAAUCAGAAAUAAGACCCUCAGAGACAUAUGCUCAAUUAUCUUCUCAGUAUACUAUCUCUUCGCAGCAGAGCGAGCGGAUGAGAAAGUGCGGAAGGUUCGCGCUGUCUUGACGGUCGACCAUUUACGAGUGGCAUGGAACAAACCAACCACACCUUAUCUGAAAUUCUUCACUGCGUUAUUGCGCCCUCGCUUCACCAAAUACAAGCCGCGGCGGAUUCGAAUCCCUCGCCCAAAGCAGUCACAUUACAAGGAGCCCGUGGUUGCGUGGAUGUACUUCGACGGCUCUCUCGCCGAAUUGGAGAAGCAGGAGAACGUGGUUCUGGAUAUUCCAGGCGGAGGCUUUGUUGCCAUGGAUCCAAGGACAAGUGACGACAAAUUACUCGCCUUGGCCGGAAAAACAGGGCUGCCGGUCCUCAGUCUAGACUACCGCAAGGCUCCCGAAUAUCCCUAUCCGUACGCACUCAACGAGUGCUUUGACGUCUACACCCAGAUCGUGGCAACUCGAGGUCGUUGUAUUGGCAUGAAACCAGACAUGUGCCCGAGGAUCGUGAUCACAGGCGACAGUGCGGGCGGGAAUCUGGCAUGUGGCACGACUCUGAUGGUCAUACAAUCAAAUCAGAGCAGCGCUUCUCGAGGAAUCCUGCCAUCUCCCGCGGGUCUGGUUCUCCUUUACCCGGCCUUGGACUUCAAUAUUGGCAGCUGGAUGACAGAUGAUCAAAUGGCGCUGAUCCGCAACCCACGAACGGCGAAGAAAUAUGAGCGCUUCAUCAAACGCAAGAGUGAGGAUAUCGAUCGCCGAUAUACUCCAACGACUCCGAGGCCCAUGAGUGACGAUGAGGACGACCACAACCACGAUUUCUUCGCCCCUCGGGUCGAGAGCCCUAUUCAGGAUGAAAGGCCUCUUGCCCGAAAGAGCACAGACGUAGAGGCACAAAAGCAGGCUGUUGCCCUCUCCAAGCCUCAGCCGCUAAAAACAAGACUGGCCGUCUCCAGCAUCAUCUCUUACUUUGGCGACCGAAUCCUUACUCCCGAAAUGAUGCGUGCAAUGAUUAUUCUCUAUGUAGGGCCAUACCAUCGCCCUGACUUUACCACAGACCACCUGCUUUGUCCGGCUGUGGCCUCCGAAGGUCUCCUGGCCAGGUUUCCGAAAACAUACUUCCUGACCGGCGAACGUGAUCCGUUGGUCGAUGACACCGUCAUCUUCGCGGGCCGGUUGCGUCAAGCAAAACUCCACCUCUUUCGUGAGCGUCAAGAGGUCGGCCUCGAGAAAUCGACAGCCGAGUUCAAUGAGAAGGACCACGUUGAAGUAACACUCAUUCCCGGGAUAUCACAUGGGUUUGUGUCCUUUGUAAGCAUCUUCCCUGAAGGCUGGAAACAUAUAUUCCGCUGCGGGAAGUGGAUCCAGGACAUCUUCGCAAGGCCACCACAUCAGUUCGAAGGUCCGGCGAUCGAAAGCAGGUUGAGACAGGGGACUUUCACGCACGACUCGGGCAGCUCGCUUGAGCUUGCAACGACAACCGAAACGAGGCAUCACAGACGGACUCCCACAGGAGAAAGCAUGGAUGACGAUGCACCCUUGGUCAUGUCCAGUCUCAGCUCUGGUAAAGAAGCAGCGACGUCGGUGGCUCGAACAAACGGGUCCGCGAAAGGGGAGAACAGUCGGCGAAGACAGGAAGAGAGUUCAAAGGGCUCAGACAACCUUAGCCGCAGCAAGAGCCUCAUCAGUCUCGGCAGCGAAGAGGACCUCCUGAAGCGGAGGAUGAAGGGCUUGACGGUUGGGUUGUUGGGUAGUCAGGACUCUUGA